AAAACCCAAAAAUUUUUUUUAUUUUUCCCGGCCAAGAACUCAUUUUAUUUUACUAUGGACUCAAACCGGAAAAUUUGAGACGGGGGGACCUUCAAAAAUUUCAUCAGAUUUUUCCGGAUUCCUCCUAGGGCCUGGCAAACGGUGUGGAUGAAGCUCAUCAGCUGAUGUUGACGACGAUCAAUUGUUAGAUCCCAUUCCAUUUCAUGCGGCCAAUUCUUUCCCCUUUUUGCAAUUCCAAAAGCAAAUUCGUUUCUUUCUUUCAAUUUCUUGAGCUGAAACAGAACCCUAAUCUCUCCAUCCCUACCGCUUAAUCAUCUCUCGUCAAGUCCUUUUUUUUUUAAAAAUUAAAUAUAAAUCCCUUCUUCCGCCAUUCCUUCCCCUUAAUCAUGUGGCUUGAUGAGCCUGAACCCACAGUUCUUUUUUCAUCGCCGGCCUGAGCGAUUGGUCAAGGGAAAUGCCCCAUUGUAUCCUUCAACAAGUGGUUCCUUGGCGGUUUUUACUUACAUUGGAGGAUAAGUUUCCAUUAAAAAGGAGAAUGAAAAACUUUUCGGCGGUUGCGAGUGAGGGACUAGAAAAUUGUGAAGAGUGGAGUUAAAAGUUGCUAUAUUUGGUUUGAUUUGUUCUCAAACUUUUCGGUUGUUUGAGUCGCAUACUUUUGUCUUCUCAUCAAACUCUGGGGUUGAAGUUGGCUUUUAAUAGGGACUUAAGCAGUUAUACUUUUAUAGCUGCAAGCCUGGGAGUCUGGGACUGCUACAGAGUAUAUACAAUAUGGAUUCUCCUCCGGAAGAAGAGCAACAAGAGGAUUACCUUUUCAAGAUUGUUUUGGUUGGUGAUUCAGCCGUUGGGAAAUCAAAUUUGCUUGCUAGAUUUGCUAGAGAUGAAUUUUAUCCUAAUUCAAAAUCAACAAUAGGAGUAGAAUUCCAGACACAGAAGAUGGAAAUAAACGGGAAGGAAGUGAAAGCACAAAUAUGGGACACGGCAGGUCAGGAACGGUUUAGGGCUGUCACUUCUGCAUAUUACCGGGGUGCAGUGGGAGCUCUUCUGGUCUAUGACAUCAGUAGACGACUGACUUUCGAAAACAUUGGCAGAUGGCUUAAUGAACUUCAGACUCACAACGACAUGAAUGUGGUAACAAUACUAGUUGGCAACAAGUCGGAUCUCAUAGAUGCUCGGGAGGUCACGACAGGGGAAGGCAAAGCCUUGGCUGAAGCUGAGGGUCUGUUUUUCAUGGAAACAUCGGCUCUCAAUUCCUCAAACGUAUCCGAAGCCUUUCAAAUGGUUGUUACUGAAAUCUACAACAUCUUGAGCCGGAAAGUCAUCCAAUCGCAAGAGCUCAAACAGGACGACUCGGACCGCCUUGCAAGUGGGAAGACUGUGGUUUUGCACGACGAAGAACAUAAAGAAGAUGGCGAAGGACAGGAAAAGAAAGGUGGGUGCUGUUCAUCAUGAUAUCUGGGAGAAGCACACUCUCAUCAUAUGGUGAUCAAGUAAAAUUUUUACUUGAUGCAAGGUAAUCUGUGAAAGUGCCAUUUUCUUCUGUAAAAUAUAAACUGUAACUUUUCCCCCUCUUCCAUUUCACAUACUUUUAGCUGCAGGAGGACAGGCUUUGGUGCUCUAUUUCUCUUCUCACAGCUCUUCAGAAGUUUCCCAUUUCAUUGUAAGGAUAAGAUUUUGUAGUUCAUAGUAUAGUUUCACUCUAUUGUAAAUAAUCUCAACUAGAGGUU